AUGGGAAAAGAAAAGGUCCACAUCAACAUUGUCGUCAUCGGCCAUGUUGAUUCGGGAAAGUCAACAACAACAGGGCAUCUCAUCUACAAAUGUGGUGGCAUCGACAAGAGAACGAUCGAGAAAUUCGAGAAAGAAGCCCAAGAGAUGGGUAAAGGAUCUUUCAAGUACGCUUGGGUACUUGACAAGCUGAAGGCUGAACGUGAACGUGGUAUAACCAUCGAUAUUGCUCUUUGGAAAUUUGAGACAGCCAAGUAUUACAUCACCAUCAUUGACGCUCCUGGCCAUCGUGACUUUAUUAAGAACAUGAUUACCGGAACGUCACAGGCUGAUUGUGCCGUGCUUGUAGUUGCUUGUGGCACAGGAGAGUUCGAGGCUGGUAUCUCCAAGAACGGGCAAACCCGUGAGCACGCUCUACUGGCCCAAACUCUUGGUGUGAAGCAACUUAUCGUGGCCUGUAACAAAAUGGACUCGACGGAGCCGCCAUUCUCGGAAUCUCGCUUCAAUGAAAUCACAACUGAAGUUUCUAACUUUAUUAAGAAGAUCGGGUACAAUCCCAAAGCUGUGGCUUUCGUACCAAUAUCCGGAUUUAACGGAGACAACAUGUUAGAGCCGUCACCAAAUAUGCCAUGGUUCAAAGGAUGGGCAGUUGAACGAAAAGAGGGUAACGUUACUGGGAAAACACUUUUAGAAGCUCUUGACUCUAUUGUUCCUCCCCAGCGACCAACGGACAGACCUCUACGUCUUCCCCUUCAGGAUGUAUACAAGAUUGGAGGUAUCGGUACUGUUCCCGUCGGACGUGUUGAGACCGGGAUCCUUAAACCUGGUAUGGUAGUCACUUUCGCGCCACAAAACGUAACUACUGAAGUGAAAUCCGUUGAAAUGCACCACGAGUCUCUGCCUGAGGCUGGUCCUGGAGACAAUGUUGGCUUCAACGUGAAAAACGUCUCCGUGAAAGAUAUCCGUCGUGGUUCAGUUUGCUCGGACUCCAAGAACGAUCCUGCCAAGGAGGCUCGUUCAUUCAACGCCCAGGUUAUCAUAAUGAAUCACCCUGGGCAAAUUGCUGCUGGCUACACUCCUGUUCUCGAUUGUCACACCGCCCACAUUGCUUGCAAGUUCGCGGAAUUGAAGGAGAAGGUUGACCGUCGUACUGGUAAGAAAGUUGAAGAUAAUCCGAAAUUUCUCAAGUCUGGUGAUGCCGGAAUUGUUGAGCUCCACCCGACGAAGCCUCUAUGCGUGGAGUCAUUCACGGACUAUGCCCCUCUUGGACGCUUCGCUGUACGUGAUAUGAGACAAACAGUAGCUGUCGGUGUCAUUAAAUCUGUUGACAAGUCGGAGGGAGCUGGAGGAAAAGUUACAAAGGCAGCACAGAAGGCAGGAGUUGGCAAGAAGAAGUAA